AUGCUUGGAUCCCGUUUCCUUCUUCUUGCGCUUGGCCUCCUCGUGAUGGUGUUGGCGGGAGAAUCUGCCGAGAGAGUGAGAGAGCAACAGGUUCAGGAACAAUCGACUGAGUGAGUGAUACCGGAAAAUCAGAAUCAGAAAAAAUAAAUAUUUUGAUUUUUCAGACUGGACAAGUCAGAAGAACAACUAUCUGCUGACGACUUGUAAAUGAUUCGAGCGUGAACUCUAAGCAUUUUAGUAUUCAGAAUCGAGGAAGAAAAGCGUAACCCAAUGCAACGCUCUUCAAUGGUCCGUUUCGGUCGCUCUCCGAUGCAACGCUCCUCGAUGGUCCGAUUCGGAAAACGAUCUCCGAUGGAGCGUUCGGCUAUGGUUCGCUUCGGAAAACGCUCCCCACUGCAGCGCUCGUCGAUGGUCCGAUUUGGCAAGAGAUCCCCCAUGGAGCGCUCUGCUAUGGUCCGGUUCGGAAGAUCGUCGAUGGACAGAUCCUCAAUGGUCCGCUUCGGAAGAUCCUCAAUCGACCGUGCUUCUAUGGUUAGGUAUGUUGAGCACAUUCACACAUAGUUAAGAACACAUUUCAUUUGUGAUUUUCAGACUGGGCAAGCGGUCCCCAAUGCAACGCUCGUCGAUGGUCCGAUUCGGCAAGCGCUCUUCCUUCUCCGCCGAGCAACAAAACGAAUAA